CGAGGAUUGACUGCAAGCUGCAAGCAAGUAAGCAAUCAUCAUGUCGUUGUUGUCGUUCUGUCCAAGAGGUCAAUCGAUGUGAACAAGACCUUCUACCCUGGCUUGCGCUACUAGCCUGUACAAUAUAGCACGGACUGCACAUAAAAGCCAUGACGCGGCCAGGGAAUCCCAUCUUUGGAUUGACGAGCGGUGGACGGGGAAAGUUUCGAGGAGGCAGUUCGAGAGGGAGCAACACGCGAUACGUCAGUCGACGAUCAGGAAGAGGUGGUGGCAAGGGAGGCAAGGAUGGAAACCCCUUGAAACGAGAGGACGAUGGCACGGCUUCCCAGGAGAGGUUCGAAGAGAUCAAGGUCUAUGAAGAGAUCGACGAACGAUUAGGGUUCUGGCGGUUCGAGAGCGGCAAAGCUCAGGGAGAGGAGAGGGAAGGAUGGCUCGUGAACAUGCAUCAGACAAUUAUCAAAUCCGAUAGCCAUGUGGGCGGCAAGGCAGCCGUGGACUUUUACUUCAUCCAGGACGAUGGAGGUAGUUUCAAGGCGACCGUCCCCUUCGAGCCGUACUUUUUCGUUGGCUGUAGAGCUGGCUCAGAGACACAAGUGGAAGAAUGGCUUAUCAAGAAAUAUGAAGGAUUGGUCGUUCGUACUGAACGGAGAAAGAAGUGGGACCUGAGCUUGCCCAACCAUUUACUUUCAGCGCCUCCUGUCUUUGUCAAGAUCUUUUUCCACAACACGCAAGAUCUGCAAACCGUACGAAGAGACCUCCUCCCACUCGCCACUGCCAACAGUGCCAAACUCAACGCCAUCGACGCUUACGCCGAGGUCGUCAGUGCUGACGCUCAGGGGAACGGAUUCGGAGCUGCUAUGGAUAUCGGAUACGGUUAUGACGACGAAUAUGACAAUGCUGGAGAGAGCUCGAAGGCGGGAGCAAGAGCGGCUUGGGGCGCUGAAUCGGGAAAGGGCAAGGGCAAAGAUCGAGAUCCGCAAGAUUGUGUGGUAGAUUUGCGGGAGCACGACAUCGCAUACUACUUGCGUGUGGCUAUCGACCUUGAUGUUCGGGUCGGCCUGUGGUACACUAUCCACUCUCAAGGGGGUAAUACCAAACUCUCCCGCCUAACUUCGAGGGUCAAGCGAGCCGAACCGGUCGUUAUGGCCUACGAUAUCGAGACGUCCAAACAACCAUUGAAGUUUCCGGACCAGCAGACGGAUCAGAUUAUGAUGAUAUCGUACAUGAUCGACGGAGUGGGGUACCUCAUUACCAAUCGGGAAAUCGUCAGCGAAGAUAUCGAGGACUUUGAGUAUACCCCGAAGGACGAAUAUCCCGGAGACUUCACGAUUUUCAAUGAACCGGACGAGGCAGCUGUGAUACGACGAUGGUUCGAGCAUAUCCAGGAUGCCAAGCCUACCGUCAUGGCGACCUACAACGGAGAUUCUUUCGAUUUUCCCUUCGUUGAAGCUAGGGCAUUGAUUCACGGGAUCAACAUGUACGCCGAGAUCGGGUUCAAGAGGGACAACGAGGAAGAGUUCAAGAGCAGAACUUGUGCACAUAUGGAUUGUUUCCGUUGGGUGAAGCGAGAUUCGUAUCUACCGCAAGGCAGUCAAAAUUUGAAAGCUGUUACGAAGGCCAAGCUGGGUUAUAAUCCGGCGGAACUAGAUCCAGAACUCAUGACCCCAUACGCCAUGGAACGACCUCAUAUUCUGGCUCAGUACUCGGUAUCCGACGCUGUCGCCACAUAUUACCUUUACAUGAAAUACGUCCACCCGUUCGUCUUUUCGCUUUGCAACAUCAUCCCUCUCAACCCAGACGAAGUGCUGCGAAAGGGAAGCGGAACGCUUUGCGAAACGUUGUUGAUGGUUGAAGCUUAUCAGGGUGAUAUCAUUAUGCCUAACCGGCAUGAGGACGCACAUGGGACCACCUACAAAGGUCAUGUCUUGGCUGCGGAGACUUAUGUAGGAGGACACGUUGAAGCUUUGGAAGCUGGUGUUUUUCGUAGUGAUAUCCCGACCAAUUUCAAGAUCGUACCCGAGGCAAUACAAGGGCUUAUCGAUGAUCUGGAUCAUGCGCUCAAAUUCAGUUUGCGGGAAGAAGGCAAGAUCGCGCUAGAGGACGUCGAGGAUUACGAGGAAGUCAAAGGCAAAAUUCAGGCAGCGUUGGAACUCAUGCGAGACAACCCUAAUCGCUUCGACAAGCCGUUGAUCUAUCAUCUGGACGUCGCCGCGAUGUAUCCCAACAUCAUGUUGUCAAACCGUCUGCAGCCCGACGCCGUGAAGGAUGAUGCUACUUGCGCGGUCUGCGAUUACAAUCGAGCGGACAAGAAGUGCGACAGGAAGAUGGAAUGGUCUUGGAGAGGGGAUUACUUUCCGGCGAAGCGAGACGAAGUCAACAUGAUCCGUCACGCGCUCGAACAAGAGGAUUUUCCUGGGAAAGUCUCGUGGGCACCAAAACGUCGAUUCGCAGAGCUUCCACCCAGUGAACAAUCCGCACUGGUGCACAAACGGCUCGGAGACUACUCUAGGAAAGUCUACAAGAAGACGCAUGAGACGGAAAUCGUCAACCGUGAAGCCGUCAUUUGUCAACGAGAGAACCCCUUCUAUAUCGACACCGUUCGAGCGUUCCGUGAUAGGCGUUAUGAGUACAAGGGCUUGCACAAGACCUGGAAGAAAAAUCUGGAUCAAGUCGUCUCAGAGAAUAAAUCGCUUACGGAGGUCGAGGAGGCCAAACAGAUGAUCGUCCUGUACGAUUCCCUUCAACUCGCUCACAAGUGUAUCUUGAACUCCUUCUACGGUUACGUCAUGCGGAAAGGUGCAAGGUGGUACUCUAUGGAGAUGGCCGGUAUUACUUGCUUGACCGGGGCAAAAAUCAUCCAGAUGGCCAGACAGCUCGUCGAGCAAAUCGGACGACCACUAGAGCUCGAUACGGACGGAAUUUGGUGCAUGUUGCCAGGCGUGUUUCCGGAAGACUUCGAUUUCAAGCUCAAAAGCGGGAAGAAGUUUCGUAUUUCUUACCCGUGUACGAUGUUGAACCACUUGGUACACGCCAAGUUUACCAACGAUGCCUAUCACGACCUCGUCGACAAGGAAUCGGGCCUUUAUGAGAUUCGGAAUGAGAACAGUAUCUUCUUUGAACUGGACGGGCCGUACAAAGCCAUGAUUCUGCCAUCAUCGAAAGAGGAGGACAAGCUGCUCAAGAAGCGAUAUGCGGUAUACAACCACGACAAUUCCCUUGCGGAGCUCAAAGGGUUCGAGGUCAAGCGAAGAGGAGAACUCCAAAUGAUCAAGAUUUUCCAGUCGCAGAUUUUCGACAAAUUCCUCCUGGGAAAGACGACGGAAGAAUGUUACGCUGCCGUCGCGGAGGUCGCCGAUCAAUGGCUGGACAUCCUGCAAAGUCGCGCAUCUAGUUUGAGCGACGAAGAACUGGUCGACCUCAUUGCUGAGAACAGAAGUAUGAGCAAAACGCUGGCAGAGUACGCCGGGCAAAAGUCGACCUCCAUCAGCACCGCCCGACGAUUAGCCGAGUUCUUGGGCGAGCAAAUGGUCAAAGACAAAGGUCUGGCGUGUAAAUUUAUCAUUUCCGCCAAGCCCCUUGGAGCACCUGUCACCGAGCGAGCCGUUCCGGUCGCCAUCUUUGACACGGAGGAAAGUGUUAAACGUCACUUCCUGCGCAAAUGGCUUAAAGACAACAGCUUGAUCGAAUUUGAUUUGCGGUCCAUCCUGGACUGGACGUAUUAUGAGGAACGAUUGGGAUCGGUCAUUCAAAAAUUGAUCACGAUUCCGGCAGCUCUGCAGCGAGUUCCAAACCCUGUCCCUCGAGUGCGACACCCUGACUGGCUACACAAGCGAGUCAUGGCCAAGGCCGACAAGUUUCAGCAACACAAGUUGACGGACAUGUUCAAAAAGGUUCCUGUCCGCGAGAACAAAGAGACCGCCAAGGACAUGGAGGACUUUGGAGCGCCAAAAGAAUCUUUCAGUCUCUACGGUCGGCGACGCACGGCUGUCACCAAGAAGAAGAGGUCGGCGUUGGAGGAUGACGAAGUGUCUGAGAUCCCACCAGAUCCAAUGGAAGACUACUCUGGCUGGUUGAGAUUGAUGAGGCGGAGCUGGAGGCAAAAGCGACAGCAGCGCAAGGCCGGUGGCCAGCUGCCCGUGGCGAUUUCGGCUCCAAAAGGCAAUGGAUCCAUCGCUGCUAUGUUGCAGAACCAAUCAUUCGGCAUGUCUGGCAGUCAAUGGGAUGUCGUACAGAUCGCUCCAACCAAUCGACCUGGCGAAUUCAAGCUAUGGCUCGCGAUCAAUUCGACGUUUCAGAGCCUUCGGCUUCGUGUCCCUCGAGAGUUCUACCUCAACCUGAAGAAGGCCCCUGUCCAAGGCACCUUUGACGCACGGUACCAAGCCGUGCCGAUAGUGCGCACUCUACCGCGAGGACACUCGUGUCGGAACCUCUACAAGAUCACCGUAGCAGAACAAAUCUUUGUCGACGGAGAAGCACACUUCUCAAGUCUCAUCAACAACCCCAACGUUGAUGGCGCGUACGAGCUGCAGGUACCUCUCGCUGUUCGUGCUCUCUUGCAGUUUGGCUCGUCCUGUAGAUUGACUUCCGAAGCAGGCGGAGGUUUGAGUCGCGGUCUGGACAAGGGCUUCGACAUCGGGGAUCUAGAAUCAGCCGGAGUCUCUAUCACGAAGCAUCGUUACUUGAACGACGGCAAAGGCAUGCGAUACAUCUACCUACAUCACUCGUCCUCGGGACCACGCCAAAUGUUUACCAUAUGUGUUCCCGGUCAAGAAGCCAAGUUUUACAUCGUCGAUGCGGCGCGGAACCGGCCACAGCUACCUAGCCCCAAGAACCUUUACGCGGACGAGAUAUCAAAGAUGUCAGAAGCCGACAUCGCUUCAAGCCUUCUCGAUUACCCUGAUACCUUCCUUCACUCGGUGACCUACUUUGGUAACGAGUCCGCCGCUGUCAAGGCAAUGUCGAAAGAGCUGGCGAACCAUCGACGCGGACCAAAUAUGAUUGUACUGCGAUCGCCAUUGGAGAAGGAUCAUUUCUUGGUCAAAGCGCCCAUUUUCUCCGACUUCCCCAUCAUCACGGCAGGCCAACCGUCCGAGAACGACGCCAGCCCGCUCAUGUGGCUCGUCACUGCGACCAAGGCAGUUGUGCGGGAUUAUCUCGGUAUCGGAUCGUGGCUGGCUUCCCAGAUUGAACUGGCGGCUCAUUAUGACGUUCCCUUGGGCAAUCUGCCUGCAGACGUUGCGUUAUUUGUCGCCGACAUAGACUUCGCCCGUCGCCUGCACAAGCAAGACAUGAUCAUGUGGUGGUCGGAAGAGCCUCAUCCUGAUCUUGGUGGGCACGAGCAAGACUCCAAAGGUGGUGUAGAGCUUGUCGUCCCUCGAACUUCGAUGCCAGGCUGUUACUCGAAUGCAGUACUGGAGAUCAAUAUGGUGGAUUUGGCCAUCAACUCGAUUCUGCAGUCCGCCAUCGUCAACGAGAUGGAAGGCAGCGGGACGGGUUCUAUGGCGUUCGACUCGGCAUCCCAUAAUCUCGACGAGUACGCCAAGGGAUCUGCCCAUACUGCCGCGAUGCUCGGGGACGCCGUGUUACCCACUCAGACGUUCUCCGUUCUGAAAUCCAUGGUUCGAUCAUGGUGGACGGAUCAUGCUCGGGCUCGAGCGAAAAGCCGGACGAUUCGGGCGCCUGAGCUGGUAGUCAAUCAUUUCUGGAGGUGGCUAAGCUCCAGCUCGGCAGCGAUGUACGAUCCCGCCUUGCAAAGGUUCCUCCACGGACUGAUGCGCAAGGUCUAUCUCCAGCUACUGAGCGAGUUCAAGCGCCUCGGUGCACAAGUCGUAUACGCGGACUUUGGCCGUCUGUUCUUGCUCACCUCGAAGCCGGAUGCUGGUAGCGCAUUCGCUUUUGCACAAUAUCUGGUAACGGCGGCGAAUUCACAGCCAUUGUUCCAGGACAUUUCGUUCCAGAUCACACAAUUUUGGAACUAUCUCGCUUGGAUGGAUAUCGCCAACUUUGGAGGUGUCAAGGUCGCAGCAGACGUAGCGAGCACGUCCAAGGCCUCGGAUGAAUGUACAAUCACGAUGGACUGGAACAUACAGGCCUACCUGCCUCCUGGUAUCCAGCACUACUUCGAGACGCAGGUAGGAAACUUCAUCUGGGCAAUGUACAGCGCAAAGCAAAAGUCGUCGGAUGGGCGGACGCCCCUCAAGAUGAUUCACGAUCUCAACAUGCCUGUCAACGGGGGCGUGGCGCCUCCAACCCAACUCAGCAAGGCCAAAGUCAAAGAGCUAGUGGCUGCUCAAUCGAGUGUAUCUCAACAGUUGACCAGGAAGUUGCUCUCGGUCGUAGCAAAGAUCCGCAAACGACAGGCAGCAGCGGCGACUGAUCCCGAUGAAGCCGAAUUGCUCGCUUUCCCCUUGCUUCCAGGAGGCGUGGCCAUUCCUACCAAUCCAAGUCUCGAAUUCGUCAAGACGAUCUGCGCCGUGUUUUCCUUGGCAUCCGAACUCAAGGUCGAGGUUCAGAUCCUCAAGAGGAAUCUUUUGGACCUGUGCAACAUCCGAGAAUUUUCAGAGGAAGCGGCAUUCCGGAACCCAUGCCAACCUCUGAUCUUGCCGAUGGUCAUCUGCGAUCAUUGUUUCUCUCACCGAGACGUUGAUCUGUGUCGGGACCCGGAUAGAUUGCCCAUCGUCGAUCCGGCAUCGAGAGGGAAAACGAUUCUCCCACCGCGUCGUUCAUCGUGGGCAUGCACAGUCUGCUUGGGCGAGUACGACAGGUCUAGCGUCGAGAUACCUCUCAUAGAUCUGGUCACCAGGCUCCAGACAAAUUACCAGCUUCAGGAUCUUGCUUGCCAGAAAUGCAGUCAGAUCAAGAGUGAAAACCUCUCGCCGACCUGCUCGUGCGGUGGAGCGUUCCGAGAGACCGCCGGACGGUAUGAGAUGAAGAAGCGACUGAAGAGUAUCGUUAGCAUCGCCGAAUACCAUCAGCUGCACCUGGCCGCAGGAUACGCGCAAGCCAUAUUAGCAGGCUGGUAGGGCGACAGGGCGAUGGAAUGUAUCCCAGUAUCAUAGUUGUAGCGACGUAGCGACAGAUGCUUGCCAUGUAAUUACACACCAUCUUGUCUUAUAGACCUCGAAGCAGGAAGCACAUAUAAAAUGAUAGACGAUGU